AUGGAACUCAACCGAGAACAUUUUCACGCCAUAAUUUCUUACAACUUUCAGAGACAAUUAUCGCAACAAGAAUGCCUUGCUGAGUUACUGUCUGUUUUCGGCAACGAAGCGCCACAUCAGUCGACAAUUUCCCGUUGGUAUGGAGAAUUCAAACGUGGACGGGUGAGUCUUAGCGACGAUCCCAGGGUGGGUGCACCAAAAACGGCAGUCACCCAGGGAAACGUCGAUGCUGUGCGCAAACUCAGCAUUGAAGAUAGACAUGUGACAUAUCGCGAGAUUGAGGCGUCCUUGAAGAUCUCAAAGACAUCCGUUCAAAAAAUUUUACAGGAAGAAUUAGGAGUAAGAAAAUUAGUUUCUCGUUGGAUACCCCACCUGUUGACUGAAGAGCAGAAAGCAGCCAGGGUUAAUUGGUGUCAAAAAACGCUUGACCGUUUCAAUUCCGGAAACUCAAAAAAUGUGUACAGCAUUUUAAGUGGUGAAGAAAAGCCGACAAAAGUCAUCCGUUCUCGAACGGGUCAUAUUGCAACAAUUCCUCUUAAUGAGCAAAGAACUCUUCGAAAAAUCAACCCCGAAAGAAGAAUCAUCCUCCUCCAAGACAAUGCAAGCUCGCACACAGCCCAAAAAACAAGGUGGCAUUUAACGGAAGAAAACGUGGAAUUAUUGGACCAUCCUUCAUAUAGUCCCGAUCUAAGUCCUAACGAUUUCUUUACUUUCCCGAAAAUUAAAAAUAGACUACGUGGUCAAAGGUUCCAGUCACCAGAAAAAGCAGUUCACGCAUUCAAAAAUGCCGCCUGGGAUCUGCCAGCAAACGAGUGGAAUAAGUGCUUGGAAAAUUGGUUCGAGCGCAUGCAGAUGUGUAUUAAUCUUCAGCUUGCUCCAGUUCUUUCCCGUCUCUUCCAGAUUUCUUACGAAUCUGGAACCUUACCACAAAAAUGGAAAUUUGCUCAUGUCCAACCCAUCCCAAAAAAAGGAUCUAAGACUGAUCCCUACAAUUACAGGCCUGUAUACCUCGAACGUCACGACUUGAUUAGCGACAGGCAGUAUGAUUUCCGGCACCAGCGAUCCACAGGGGACCACCUAGGCAAACUUCCAGAGGAAUUUUGCAGAUGGGUGGCUGACUUUUUCUCUGACCGCAAGAUAUGUGUCGUAAUUGAUGGGUUCUCCUCUUCAUCCCACACCGGAUCCGUUUUGGCUCCGACACCCUUUUCUGAUGACAGCACUCUACAUGAAGAAAUUCAGAGCGACAAGCCGAUCUCUGCCGCGACUUCCUCUCUGACGAGAGACCUGGAGUUUAAUGCUUCAAAAACACAUUUCUGUACCUUGACGAACAAAGAGAGUCCGCCGCGCGAUGUGCCUACCAGACAUACCCGCCUGAUUUCGGCCUCCCAUCCUAACCGUGUCGAACUUUGUGCAUCCAGAACUGGCCGAUACGCCCGCUCCUUUGUCCUGAGGGAAUAUUUUCGCAAUUCUACUAACCUUAGGCAGUUCAAAAAGCGGAUUAGCAAAAUUAUCCAAAUAAUUGUUAAUGAUUUCUUUAUCUGCGGAUUGUUAAAGCGCAAGAUAUCAGAGGUUGAAUAA